AUGGGCAGCGACACAGCCGGCGUUGUAUCGUUGGUUGACUCGAGCGUGCAGGCCUGCAACGCUGGUGUCAACCAAAAGGUGACUGGAUACGGCGAGAAGUAUCUCGUCAUUGAUAACUUCAAGAUGACCGACGCCACGGCUGCCAAAUCGAGUAUUGAUGGAUCGACAUUGCGUUCAGGAACGGUUCCCGCUGGCCAGAUAUGGAUGAUGGGAUACCUGAUCUCAAACAACUUGCAACGAGGUACUAAACCAACGUGGCUGGCCAGAACCAGUUUCGAGCCCAGCGUUUUGUACUGGUAUAACCUAAACGCCCAGAACGUGUAUAUCUCCUUGGAGCAGACGGAGAGCACCUACUGGAAGGACAAGUUCCCCUCCUCUGCCGCGUUCGACGCCAUCAACGAUGCUUUGAACUCCAGCGAGGCCGACCGCAAGGAGGCCGUCAGCCAGGGCAAGGCCAUCUUUGCUUUCAACCUCAAGAACUCUGCCGGAGAGACCGACAGCUGGCACAUCGACCUCAAGGAGAAGGGCCAGGUCGGCAAGGGUCUCGGUGACAAGCCUACCGUCACCCUGUCUCUGUCCGACUCCGACUUUGGCAACCUCGUCCAGGGCAAGGCCAAUGCCCAGAAGCUCUUCAUGUCCGGCAAGCUCAAGAUCAAGGGCGAUGUCAUGAAGGCCACCAGAAUGGAGCCUAUCCUCAAGAAGGCGCAGUCCAAGGCCAAGUUGUAA